AUGGUUCACACAUGGAGAAAUUUAUCUGAUGAUAAACGUCAACAAUAUAAUUAUGGUGUUGUCAAAUUUUAUUCACCUGUUACACAAAAUUAUUUACCAGCAUCAAAUUUAGGUGCUAUUACUGAACGUUUAGAUGAUUUAAUAAGAAAUUAUAUUACAACACAUGGAAAAUUAGAUCAAACUAAUAUGGAUAAACGAACAUUUGAAAAAAUGAUUCAUUUUAAAUCACUUAAAUCAUGUAUUGAUCCAGGUUAA